UCCGCCUGCAGCCCGGGGAGCCCCCGGGCCCGGCACCCCCCUGUCCCCCGGCUGCCAGCCCGGGAGGAGCAGGGUCAGCCCUUCCCGGGCAGGGGCUCUGCUGGGAGCUUGGCCGGCCGCACUGCGUGGCCAGGGCAAGCGGAGCCGUGUGACUGGGCCGCGGGGAAAGCGUGGUGACCGUCCUCGGUGCGGUCAGCGGUCACGGCACUGUCCCCAGGGACGGGGCGUGGGGACAUAGACACGAGUGUGCACGGCCAGGGGAAGCCAGCUGGAUGAUAAACUCUGGGCUCAGGCAAAGUUUCUGCCCCCAUAGGGCUGGAUUGCAUGUUUGUUGAAGCCAAAAAAGCCCAGACAUUCACCAGAAACAUAAGACAACACGUCUUGGUGUCCUGGGAUCUUCCACAGUGGUGAGGAGAACAAGAAAUUCAUUACCCAAAAGAUGGCUCCAAAACCGCGUCUUUGAAGGAGGAUGUGGCUGGCCACUGAUGAGAUAGAAGAGCUUGUUUUCCCCUGCAAAGGCAUUUGGGACGAUUUGCAGCUGGUGGCCAGGAAUGAGCAAUUAGAAGGUACCAGGCCCAGACAGAGCUGCCGACCUCACUGAAAGGAGUAGCGAGGAGAACUCGGAAAGGCUGCCACAACUUUUCCACGAUGCACACAGCAGCAGUUUCACGUAACCCAAGGAUGGAGAAGAGGAAUCACGGAAUUGCUGAAACCCUCUGCAAAAGGAAUUGCUCAAGGAAAGGCAGCAGAGCAUUGUGGCACUCCACCCGAGAUGCCAGGAACAAGAAAACGAGCUGCAGUAGAUUUAACAACCAAAAGGAGACCUUCCCUUCACCCAUCCCAGCAGCAGAGUGCCAGAGUGCCUGGGACAGGCAGCUCCUGCCCCAGCUGCUCUCGGACUGAUAGUGUCUCUCUGUAAUGCCACAUUGACAACAACAAACUGGGAGUUGCAUCUUCUAGCUGUGCAGUUUCGUUGCCUUUGUGAAACCCUUUCUGAAAUCCAACGUAGGUAGAGAAAUCCCCAGGGAAGAAAAAAAUCCCUGAUGGAUCUUUCCAAAUGUCUGGUGGUCUCCGCUUGCUGGUGGACAGUGUUAACAUCUUGGUGUAGGCACAGCCAAAGGAGCAUGGGGCAAGUGACGUGAGUUCCUCUGCCAAGCCAAGUAGCCAGCUUGCCAAGGAAGCUGACCUGGGGUGAAGAAGUUCCCUUUGCAACAUUGGGCUGCGCACACAGCAGAUGGGAAUUUGUCCCAUCCCCAUCCCACGUGGGACACAGGUAUCUGGAGAUGGUCUGGAUACCAGGUAUAACAGCACCCCUCUGCAUUGCUGCUCAGCACCCCAUGGGCUCCGAGGCACAGCAAGCCCAGAGCAUCUAGAAGCAAAGGUGUGUUUGGGCUGGUCCCAAGAGUGCAGUUCAGGCACCUUGACUGCACUUUCUUCCCUCAUCCUUCCUAGGAAAGUGAACAAAAUUGGCGCUUAGACCAAACCCCUUCCCAGCCUGCAGCCCCAAGAACCCCUUGCUGCAGGCAAGUGAAGCAGAAGUGACUUGGGUGGUUGCUGCGUGGCACGUUGCUUCAUGUGGUGUAGCCAGCCCCAUCCUGCUCAGGAAGUCACGCAGCGGGAGCAAGGGCAGUGCCCGGGAGCCUGCCUUCACAUGCCCGCCAGCUAAACACAGGCAGGACGGGCUGCAGGGCACCAACGGCAGCUGGAAGACACCUGCAGAGGCACUGAGGUCUCAUCCGGCUGGAGGCAGGGGAGGAUCAGGCAUAGGAGAGAGCUGAGCACUUGCAGAGCCUUUGGCACUUAAGCCUUGGAUUUGGCAGCAGCUAGAGGAAGCAGCCGUGAGGCAAGGAAACAUUUCAGCGCGAGCUGGUUGGUGAGUCACUGGACAAACGCACACCCGCUUCGUGCUGACCCUCAGCGAGGGGAACUUUGCACAAGUGCUGGAGGAGAGCUUCUCCCUGGGAGAGUGGUGCAGCCCCGCGACGGCACAGAGAGGUUGUUCACCAUGAACGUGGCUGUUCUCCUCCUGCUGGGGCUGGGGCUGUUGGAGGCAGAAGGCAGGUGUUUCUUCAAUCGCACUCAGGAGCACUGUGUGUGCUACCGCCUGUCCCAGGAAAGCCUAGGCAGCAUCAUCCAGUGCCUCCCAGCCUCUGUCGUUGAGUUUUGGGGGGGAGAGCUGGAGAGAUAUAUAGACUUCCCUAUCAAUGACCUGGACCCCUCUGCCAUUGACAUGCUGCACUCCCUUGUCAUCAGGAAAAUAAUUUUUGGUGAUCUCCUGGUGCCUGAGAUACUCCUCGCCCGAGUUCUGAGGUUCUUCUCCUACACCCAGGUGCAGGAGCUGGUGUUUGAGAGCUGUGUUUUCGAGGGGAGAGGCAACUGGGGUGAAAUGGCCGGCAAGGACUUGCCUAUAUUGUCCCUGCACUUUCACAACGUGACAUCUGCCCCGCUGACGGGCCGCGAGCAGGACCUCUCUAGUCUGAGCAGCUGGAUGGAGACCCUGCAGGACCUGGCUGUCACUGGCUCCCAUGUCACCAGCCUGCCCUGUGACAUCGGAAGGGUGUUCAGGGCUCUGCGUUCCCUGGACGUGGCACAAAACAGCCUUGGGGAUGAGAGCUUGAUGGCCACCUUCUGCAAGGGGGCUUUCCCUCAGCUUCAGGUACUGAGUCUGCAACGCAACAACCUGACAUCCUACCACAGUGUGUGCAAAAGUGUGCAGUUGCUGCGUGAGCUCCAGCAUCUAGAUCUCAGCCAGAACAAGCUCAUGGCAGACCCAUCCUCCUCCUGCCAGUGGCCAGUGUCCCUCCGAAUUUUCAACUUGUCCGGCACUGGCUUGGAUGAAGUCCUCACGCCUCUGCCUCGUAGUCUGGAAGUGUUGGACAUGAGCUGCAACCACCUCCAUGCUGUAGAUAUCUCCCUCAGCUCCCUGAAGAAGCUCUUCCUGAGCCAAAAUAUGCUGCAGGCUGUCCCCUCCAUCAGGAAUUGCCCCAUGUUGGACACCCUCCGCCUAGACAACAACUCGAUCACAGAGCUGCCAUGGGAUGAGGUGAAACUCCUGGAGCACCUGCGGGAUGUAGCUGCAGCUGGCAACCCCUACAACUGCUCAUGUUCUGGGGCUGGGGGGCUUCAGGUGCUGGCAGGCAUGGGGCACCUCGGGCAGGGCUGGCCCCAGGACUACAGGUGUCACUCCCCCCCUCACUACCAGGGCAGGCUGGUGAAGGAUGUGCCGGUCUCGGUGCUGCAGUGUAACAGUGCUGCGGUGAUUGCCCCUGUCUGCAUUGUCCUCCUCCUGCUCGGCAUGGCCGGGGCUGUCUGCCUGGUCAGAUCCAGGCCCAGGCUCAUCCGGCCCUGCUGCAGAGCGUGAAGGGGAAGUGUGACCGUUCCCACCAGUGCUUCCCCGCAGGGGCUCAGCCCCAGGGGCUGCAAGGCCUGGAGUUCUGUGGGAAGACUUACAGGACCCCCAGGUGCCAUUGAGGGCCUCUCUUGGUGUCCCCAGUCCAGGCUCCCCUGUGGAGCAGCACUGUCCUCAGCAUUGUCCCACACUGGCUGUGGCUUUGCCCAUCAAAGUUUUGGGGAAACCUCCAAGUAAAGCCCCUUGCCAUGCCCUGUCCCAGGGCUGCACCCUCCCAGAGAGGUUUUCCUUAUGGCCAACUCUAAUUCCCCAAGCCCCAACACACACCCGUCGCCCCCGUGGCAUCACCUGCCCUGAACAGGAGGAGUUCAGCUACGUCGUAUUUGCACCGCUGCAGGCAGCGCUCAGAUGCCCCAAAGCCUCAGUGGGGUCCGGUGGUUCCCCCCAGACCCCUCCUGCACCUUGUAGCCCUGUGGCCCCCAGCCCAGCUGUCCUCGCAGCCUCCACAGCCCCUCUGCUGAUCCUCCACCUCUCCUCACCUGGGGCCAUGGCUGGGCCAUGGCUGUGAGGGUGUCUGGUUUGUGAGGUGUCUGCUUAACUGCUGUUCAGCAUAAGGGAAAAAACACAAAAGAUGGGAAAAUGAAUGAAUGAAACACCCCUAUUCACAAACGCUAACGAGCGGGAGGUAAUAGAGACAGCAACCAAGACCCAAGCUCUCAAGGCACUGGUGGAGGAACCCCUCAAGUGUGACCUUGAAAGGGUUCAGCCAGAAACUUUUUAACUGAUAAGAAGAAAAUGGGUUUGUUCUGGGUUCUGGGUUAUUCAGAAACCAUUUCAUAGGAAAGAGAAAAUUGAUUAUGGGAUGCUGAGGGAGAUCGGGGGAAUGCAAAACUUACUGAGGAAUGCUUACGGGAAGGAUCAAAGGGAGGAUCACGGUGGGUGAGGAAGGAACAAGCAUGGCAAAAUGGUGACAGGGAAGAAGGGGGCUAGUGGUAGGUAGGCAGCACUCACCUGGCCGAGCCCUGUGCUUGGUCCCCAUGAUCUGUCCUGCCUUCUCAUUAAAAUCCAUUCCUGGGUA